AUGGGCUCUGAAAAUGUCAAAGGAAAGACCGCUAUUGUCACCGGUGGCGCAAAUGGCCUUGGAGAGGCAUACGUUCGCGCUCUUGUCGCAGCAGGUACCAAAUUCAUCGAGUGCGACACAACCAACUGGGAUGACCAAGUCCGUGUGUUUCAAGAAGCAGUUUUGUUUUCUCCAAAUGGCAAGAUAUCUUAUGUAGUCGCAAAUGCCGGAAUUCACCGUCAGGAUGAGGUAUUCUCAUAUGACGGCGAUGGCAACACGCCGAAAAAGCCAGAUCUCGCUACCAUCGACGUCAAUCUCAUCGGCACGUUAUACACCUCAAAGCUGGCAUCGCAUUACUUUAUCGCGCAGAACGGACAACAGCCGUCACCUUCACAGGAAGACACUUGCUUGAUCUUGGUCGGGUCGGGUGCGGCGUUUCUGGAUUGCCCACGAGCUCCUCAAUAUUGCGCCACGAAAUGGGCUAUGCGAGGUAUUAUGCAUUCUUUGCGGAGAACAGCCUUUUACUACGGGAGCCGCGUGAACGUCAUAUCGCCAUGGUAUGUCAAGACAAGAAUAUUAUCUGAGGAGGCAUUUGCGCACGUCACCAGCGUAGGUGUUCAACUUGCAGAAGCAUCUGAAGCGGGCGAUUGUCUCCUGCACAUUCUCAGGGACAGCUCUAUCAACGGUCGCUCUUUCUUUGUUUCUGGCAAGAAAUGGUCUCCGCAGGGAUAUAUAGAUCUGGAUCUUGAAGAUUACCGAGGGAACCCUUUACUUGAGAGUAUUCAAGAGGAUCAAGUCAAAUCGGCUCCCGUUGAGAUGGGGCUUUUCGUCUAG